CCCACACCUAAGCAGUGGGUCCGGCAGAAACACACAGAGGGGGAGUUGUGUGAAUGGACGGAGGGAUAGAGGCAUUGAGAGGGAGAGAGAAGGGAUCAAUCUCAGUUACCCAACUGAACCUGGAGAACAACAGAAGAUUAGCUCCUUACGCACGCUAAGAUGGCGCUCCCCACUGUGAUGGUGCUGCCCAUGCUGAUCGUGGUGGCUGCUGGGAUCUACUACAUCUACAACGAGAUCAUCCAGUACAUGUCCAAGUCCAUGGUCAAGAACAAAGUGGUGGUCAUCACUGAUGCUGUGUCAGGAGUGGGAAGUGAGUGUGCUCGUCACUUCCAUAAGGGUGGUGCCAGGCUGAUUCUGUGUGGGGCCAGCUGGGACAAGAUGGAGUCUCUGUACGACACAUUGACCAGUGGGGCUGACCCCAGAGUGACGUUCCCUCCCAAGCUGGUGCUGCUGGACUUCAGUGACAUGGACAGUAUGCCUGAGGUGGUGAAUGAGGUGGUGGAGUGCUACGGCUGUGUGGAUAUCCUGGUGUGUAACAGCAGCAUGAAGCUGAAGGCCCCCGUACACACUGUCUCACUGGAGCUGGACAGGAACAUCAUGGACAUCAACUACUUUGGACCCAGCACCUUGGCCAAAGGUGUCCUUCCAGCUAUGAUGUCUAGGAGGUCUGGUCACAUUCUAUUGGUCAACAGCAUCCAGGGCAGACUGGCUAUCCCCUUCAGAACCUCCUACUCUGCCUCAAAGCAUGCGGUGCAGGCGUUCUUUGACUGCCUGCGAGCGGAGGUGGAGGAGUAUGGGAUAAUAGUAAGCACUAUCAGCCACACCUUCAUCAACGCAGCUCCCCCCUCCACCACCCCCGCUAAACCUCAGAAGGGCCUGCCCACAUUUGGCGUGUGCCCGGCCGAUCUGGCCAAUGAGAUCGUGCGAACGGUGAGCAGGAAGAAGAAAGAGGUUUUGCUGGCCCAUCCCAUCCCCAGGGUCGCUCUCUACCUCCGCUCCUUCUUUCCCUCUUUCUUCUUUGCCGUGGUUGCUGCUGGAGUGAAGGACUCUGCCAUGGCAGAACAGAUGUAGUAGAAGGAAGGGAAGAGAGAAGAAGAGAACAGAGACAAUUAAAGAAGGACAAUAGAAUGUAUAGUGUAUUAUGGCAUAAUGCAAUGCAAUGAAAUCUAACCCAUCAGGGGCAAUUUAGAAGCCUAUAGUCUACAUGGACAUGGCCUCUGAUGUCAUUUCAGUGUGCCUUGGGUCCUGUAGAUGGAAGCAGUUCACUGUUCUUGUAUUCUCAUGUCAUGGCUGUGCAGAAAGGAUCCCAAAGUUACACCACCCACCACUAUCAAAAUUAACUUUUGCUCGCACUUUAAACAUUGUUGUUUCUAUUGGAUAUUUCAAUGUUUAGCCUAACCAUAGUUAUAAUAUAUGGCCUCAUAUGUAGUUUUGGGGGUGAUUGUUAAUGUUGUCUUUUCAUUUGACCAAUACACUUGUCCAUGUGAAUUACA